CUGGUUGCAUGGUUUCCGGUUCUCAGGGGUUGGAUGUCGUGGUCGUUAAUAAACAGCCUAUGGAACUACGUGUUUGCACUCUCAAAUCUCAGUCUCUUCGUCUUGUUACCAUUUAGCUAUUUCUUCAUUGAAUCGCAAGGCUUCAGUAAGAACAAAAAUGGUAUCAUGCAGCGAGUUUAUGAGACGCUUGCAGUGUGCGCGUUGCUCAUUGUAGUUGUUUUAUGCCUUGUGGAUGUAGUGUUGACGCUGAUAUCGUCAUCGGUCUCCCUUAUCAGUAUAACAUCUGUAAAUCUGCCACUCAUCUACUCUUUUGUAUCAUUUGCCGGAGUGAUGUUAUUACUACUAUCGACUCCGAUUGGAUUUGCAAAAAUGUUUGGUAUUGUUGGUGAAAUGACUAUGGAGCCAUAUGUUAUUUGGACGUACGCUAUCACCUUUUCGAAAUCUCUUUUGCUUUCCCCUUUUUCCUCAUUUUUUCCUCAUUUUUGUACUUCUGCUUGCGCUUACGGUAGGUUUCCUCUAAUCGAGACUACUGAUUCCGAAAAUUUAAGAUACUGCUGGAUCCAUUCGUUAUGCCUUCAGGGUAUAUCAUUGUUGAUGGUGGUGAUCAAUUCAUUGAAGCUGGUGUUUGGUUUUCGUAGUCUUCCGGCCUACGCCCAAUAUAUGGAAGUGCAUACAAGGCAUUCGCUCGGUAUUGUCGGAGUGAUCAUCGAAAGUAUUACGAUCAUGUAUGUAAUGUCGACUUCACUCACCGGUCUCUACUCGAUGCCGUUUGUCCGUGCUCUGCGACCUCAACGUGCUCGAACCUCCCUCACGGUGAUCAUCAUCAAUUGUAGCCUGGUAUUAGUAUUGAGCUCAGCGCUUCCUGUUCUUGCAAAUACGCUUGGUAUAACGUCUUUCGAUUUGCUCGGCGCCUAUUCAUCCCUUAAGUGGCUGAGUAAUUUCAAACUAGUAUUGGCGUACAAUGUCCUCUUCGCCGCAGCAACAAUCGUUUGCGUGUUCUCACAGAUCACUAGCCCAGUAAGGAAACAGAUACUGAAGAGACUGCAGCAACUACGAUGCCGAGCAGUAAUAGAUGAUGACUUAUCUGAGAAAAUCGAGUAG